AUGUCUGACCUCCAGCUGCCGUCAUGGAAGAAUCUACCGCCCGUGAAGGGCAUGCCUCACGGUUGCGCCUGGGGCUUGUUCGAUAAGGAGGGAAUUCGAGAUGAGGUUGGAACUCUGAAUCUCCUAAGCCCGGAAACAGUAUUGAAGGCUCGAGAAGAGAUACGGGCAGGUACCAGUGUUGUUUUGAAUUGGCCUAUUGACCAUGUCCACGAGCCAGGCUUUGGUCGCAUCAAACCAGUGAUAAAUAUAACUGACUGGCGAGCGAAAGGCUCUUCUUGGUAUUCAUACGAUGAUGAGAUUAGCAUCAACACGCAAUCUGGAAGUCAAUGGGACGGUCUAAGGCAUUGGGGCCAUAGCGGCACAGGACUGUACUAUAACGGCAUCCACCACGAUGAGCUCUUGCAGACUGACCGCAUAGGGACUGACCAUUGGAGCAAACGCGGAGGUAUAGUUGGCAGAGGCGUUCUCCUCGACUAUGUCGCCUAUGCAGCACGGCACAAUAUCGCGUAUGACCCCAUGUCGAGGCACCGUAUCACCCUUGACGUCCUAAAAGCCAUUGCUGUGGAACAGGGUGUGACAUUUCGCCAAGGAGAUAUUCUACUGGUUAGGUCUGGCUGGAUACGAUGGUACAAUGAGCAUAGCCCUGAAGAGCGAAUUGCCCGGGUCAAGAAUGGAUCGGAAUAUGUUGGAGUGGAUGGCUCAGAAGAAGUAGUCGAAUGGCUAUGGGAUUCCCAUUUUGCUGCCGUCGGUGGUGAUGCCAUUGGGUGGGAGGCGUGGCCACCUCAGCUACCUUGGUGUAUGCAUGACUUUAUUCUUGCACUCUGGGGAAUGCCGCUGGGUGAAUUAUGGGACUUGGAAGCGCUGGCUGCGGAAUGUGAACGCCAGCAAAGGUGGAGCUUCUUCUUAACUAGUGCUCCAUUGAAUACUCCUGGAGGUAUUGCGAGCCCCCCAAAUGCUAUAGCUGUAUUCUAG